AUGUUGGUCCCUCCAUGGCUAGAACCACUGCUGAACACCGCUUUCUUCACCGUCUGCCGGACUCACAGCGCCGCCGCCAGGAGUGAAUGCAAUAUGUAUUGCUUAGACUGUAAUGCUGAUGCAUUUUGCUUCUAUUGCCGCUCUGCAAAACACAAAGAUCAUCAAGUUAUCCAAAUAAGGAGAUCUUCGUACCAUGAUGUGGUGAGAGUUUCGGAGAUUGAAAAGGUAUUGGACAUAAGUGGAGUGCAAACCUAUGUUAUAAACAGUGCAAGGGUUUUGUUUCUGAAUGAGAGGCCUCAGCCUAAAACUGGCAAAGGAAUUCCUCACAUUUGUGAAAUCUGUAGUCGGAGCCUGUUGGAUACUUAUCGAUUCUGCUCAUUGGGAUGCAAGCUUGUAGGCAUAAAGAGAAAUGGGGAUGCAAACUUUGCCUUAGAUGGUGGAAACAAUGAGGCAAUGAUACAAGAAGGAAAUGAAGGGAUAUCGAGAAGAAGAGUAAUGUCGUCAUCAAGAGAAGAAGAAGAAGAAUUUCGCAAAGGCUUACAACAAGAUCUAUGCCCACACACGCCUCCUUCUAGUGCAAGAAGAAGAAAAGGCAUUCCUCAUAGAGCACCCUUUGGCUUUUAA